UUAUAGGCAUUCAUGCCAAAAUGCCCAACACUUGGUCGUGGUAUGCCACGAUGCAUACAAUCAACCAUAAUUGAAGCACCCGGGUCCCUGGGUUCCGAUCCCAACAGGAAUAACUUAGUGCCAUGAUGAAACGAAGCACCUUUCAAACCUGCAAACUCAGCACGUGUCACAGAUUUUAUACGGAACCCACUAGUAGCACCAAUUUCAGCCAGAUUGGGAACAAGACUUUCAAAAGCUUAUCAGCGACCUUUUUUGUGAUCCAUGCAACUCUUAUAGAAUUAAAUCUAGACAAGAGUGCCUUUGGAAACUCCAAGCUGUACACUGUAGAGAUGGGGUCGUUGGACUUUUGACAUUGAACCUUCCUUUGUCUCAUAAACAUACAAUGUCGGCACUGGGCAUUGGAGUUUCUGGGAUUUCUUGGGUUGACGUGAAAUGGAUAGCAGUAGCUUAUUUUGCUGGAGCUCCCGUAUGAGCCGUUCGAAGCAACUUGUAUCCAUGAAUGAUGGCUGCACGAUGUCGGGUCCUUUAACGCUCAGCUUAACAAAGCCAAACACAUCAAUGAGAGGUUUAAGCCGCCCAUCAUCAUUGUAUUGUUUGGGUCGAAUCAUAAAUGGCAGUCCAAUUGAAAAGCCACCAAUCUGCUCCAAAUAAUACAUCUCGUGAUCCAUUGGCAUAAUCCAGAAUUUUUGUUGGGAUCCCUUGGGUAGUGGAGGAUAGACAGUUUCGACAAUGGCGUUACAGCCCACGGCUCUGUGGAUGAUCCCAAUGAUUUUGUAGCGGUAACUGAUAAAGACGCUACCAAAGAGACAUCUAUUUGUUUUGUGGCAAUUUUCAUUAACCACCCAAACACCGACACACCCUUGAGGCAAUUGAGUUUGAAGUUGGGCCAUGGUGUAUUUCUCCUU